CCCCCCCCCCCCCGCCCUUUGAUUGACAGGCAAGAUGUCGGUGUGGAGCGAGGCAGGAGCGAAUGCAGCAGCCGUCACCCCCGGAGCCCGGCGGCGGCAGCAGCAGCAGCAGCAGCAGCAGCAGCGCGAGGAGGAGACAGCAGCCAGCCGCAGUCGCCGCCGCAGCCGCGGGAGCAAUGCAGACAGCAUCUUGAGGACGCGCUAAAGCACCCCAAACGGUGGACAAUGCCGUGUCACUGCAACUGGGAGGGGGGCAAAGCAGAUUUUUUUUGACAUAAAAGCCAGCCAGCCAAAAAUAUAUAAAUUUGCCCUUCACGGAGCCGGUGUGUAAAGAGUGAGCGCUGUUUUCCUUCGCCUCCUCCUCUCCUCCUCCUCCUCUCCUCCCCCCCUUCUCCUCUUUUUCCUCCUCCUCCUCCUCCUCCUCCUCCUCCUCCUCCUCCUCCUCCUCCUCCUCCCCCUCCUCCCCCUCCUCCCUAAGUGUACAGACAGCAUCACAUCACCUGGUUUGCUUCUGAGAAACAGCAUCUCUCCUUUUCAGGGACCAGAGACUCAGAGAGAGGAGACAUUCUAAUGGAGUCUGCUUGAUACCCCAAAAUAAAAUAAUAAAUUUUGGCUCUUGUCCCCUCCUCCCACCCCACCCCCUCAGCCCUGUGUGAGAUGUUGGGUUUCUUCUUCAUGAGACAUUGUUGAGAAGUCGCAGUGGUUGGAGAGCGUAGGGGGUAGACUACCUCUACUCCCCCCCCCCCCUCUUUUUUCUCUCUGGGAGGAGGAGGAGGGGAAGGGGGCUUGCCGAGCAAGCGAUGGAUGAGGAAAACAUGACGAAAAGCGAGGAGCAGCAGCCUCUGAGUUUGCAAAAAGCCUUACAGCAGUGCGAGUUGGUCCAAAACAUGAUAGACCUGAGCAUCUCCAACCUGGAAGGGCUUAGGACCAAAUGUGCCACCUCCAACGACCUCACACAAAAAGAGAUCCGGACCCUGGAGAGCAAGCUGGUGAAAUACUUCAGCCGACAGCUGUCCUGCAAGAAGAAGGUGGCCCUGCAGGAACGCAACGCCGAGCUGGACGGCUUCCCCCAGCUCCGGCACUGGUUCCGGAUCGUGGAUGUGCGCAAGGAAGUCCUAGAGGAAAUCACCCCUGGCCAGCUGAGUCUGGAGGACCUCUUGGAGAUGACAGAUGAGCAGGUGUGUGAGACCGUGGAGAAAUACGGAGCCAACCGGGAGGAGUGUGCCCGCCUCAAUGCCUCCCUCUCCUGCCUCCGCAACGUCCACAUGUCAGGAGGCAACCUUUCCAAACAAGACUGGACCAUCCAGUGGCCUACCACGGAGACGGGGAAGGAGAACAACCCCGUGUGCCCCCCGGAGCCCACGCCGUGGAUCCGCACCCACCUCUCUCAGAGCCCCAGGGUCCAGACCAAGUGCGUCCAGCACUACUGUCACGCCAGCCCCUCGCCCGGGGCCCCCGUGUACACCCAUGUGGACAGGCUUACCGUGGACCCCUACCCGGGCCUGUGCCCGCCACCGCCGCUGGAGUCAGGCCACCGUUCCCUGCCCCCGUCGCCCCGGCAGCGGCACGCGGUCCGCACCCCGCCGCGCACCCCUAAUAUCGUCACCACCGUGACCCCUCCCGGCACACCACCCAUGAGGAGGAAGAACAAGCUGAAGCCCCCGGGGACCCCGCCGCCCUCCUCCCGGAAACUGAUCCACUUGAUUCCAGGUUUCACCGCUCUGCAUCGGAGCAAGUCCCACGAAUUCCAGCUGGGUCACCGUGUAGACGAGGCCCACACACCCAAAGCCAAGAAGAAAAGCAAGCCCUUGAACCUCAAGAUUCACAGCAGCGUGGGCAGCUGCGAGAACAUUCCGUCUCAGCAGCGCUCGCCGCUCCUGUCGGAGCGCUCUCUCCGCUCUUUCUUUGUGGGACAUGCACCUUUCCUGCCCUCCACCCCUCCUGUCCACACCGAGGCCAACUUCUCUGCAAACACACUGUCCGUGCCUCGCUGGUCCCCGCAGAUCCCUCGUAGAGACCUCGGCAACUCCAUUAAGCACAGGUUUUCCACCAAGUACUGGAUGUCUCAGACGUGCACAGUCUGUGGAAAAGGAAUGCUUUUUGGCCUCAAGUGUAAAAAUUGCAAGUUAAAGUGCCACAACAAAUGCACCAAAGAAGCCCCACCCUGUCAUCUCCUGAUCAUCCACAGAGGAGAUCCAGCAAGGUUGGUCCGGACAGAGUCCGUCCCGUGUGACAUCAACAACCCUCUACGAAAGCCACCCCGGUAUUCGGACCUGCACAUCAGCCAGACGCUCCCCAAAACCAACAAGAUCAGCAAGGACCACAUCCCUGUCCCUUACCAGCCGGACUCGAGCAGCAACCCCUCAUCCACGACGUCCUCCACGCCCUCCUCGCCAGCACCCCCCCUCCCUCCCAGUGCCACGCCGCCUUCUCCCCUGCACCCUUCCCCACAGUGCACAAGGCAGAAGAACUUCAACCUGCCAGCGUCCCACUACUACAAGUACAAACAGCAGUUCAUCUUCCCAGAUGUAGUGCCAGUGCCAGAGACGCCGACCCGGGCGCCCCAGGUCAUCCUGCAUCCGGUGACCUCGAAUCCAAUCUUGGAAGGAAAUCCAUUACUUCAAAUUGAACUGGAGCCAACCUCAGAGAAUGAAGAGGGCCACGACGAGGCCGAGGAGUCGGAGGACGAUUUUGAGGAGAUGAACCUGUCCCUGCUCUCAGCCCGGAGCUUCCCACGCAAGGCCAGCCAGACCAGCAUCUUCCUGCAGGAGUGGGACAUCCCUUUUGAGCAGCUGGAGAUUGGCGAGCUCAUUGGAAAGGGUCGCUUCGGGCAGGUGUAUCACGGCCGCUGGCAUGGCGAGGUGGCCAUCCGGCUGAUCGACAUCGAGAGGGAUAAUGAGGAACAGCUCAAGGCCUUCAAGCGGGAGGUGAUGGCCUACAGGCAGACGCGGCAUGAGAACGUGGUGCUCUUCAUGGGUGCCUGCAUGAGCCCACCCCACCUGGCCAUCAUCACCAGGUGUUCAAAAGACCCAAAGGAGCGCACCGAGCAGGGAACAGACCAAGUAUCUUCAAAGGCGAGGAAGGGGUCCCAGCCGUCUUCAGAAUUUCCGCAGCUGAGGCCCGUCCCUCCAAGCCUGUGUAAGGGACGGACUCUCUACUCUGUGGUGAGGGACGCCAAAAUCGUCUUGGAUGUCAACAAAACGAGGCAGAUUGCCCAAGAAAUUGUGAAGGGCAUGGGCUACCUGCACGCAAAGGGGAUCCUUCACAAGGACCUCAAGUCAAAGAAUGUCUUCUACGACAACGGGAAAGUGGUGAUCACAGACUUCGGGCUCUUCAGCAUUUCCGGGGUGCUGCAGGCCGGCAGGCGAGAGGAUAAACUCCGCAUCCAGAAUGGCUGGCUGUGCCACCUGGCACCAGAGAUCAUCCGCCAGCUGUCCCCCGACACAGAGGAGGACAAGCUCCCCUUCUCCAAGCACUCAGAUGUCUUUGCACUCGGCACAAUUUGGUAUGAACUCCACGCCAGGGAGUGGCCUUUCAAGACCCAACCAGCAGAGGCAAUCAUCUGGCAAAUGGGCACCGGCAUGAAACCCAACCUCAGCCAGAUCGGCAUGGGAAAAGAAAUCUCGGACAUUCUUCUCUUUUGCUGGGCCUUUGAACAAGAAGAAAGACCUACCUUCACUAAGCUCAUGGACAUGCUGGAGAAACUGCCAAAGCGAAACCGCCGCCUGUCUCACCCCGGACAUUUCUGGAAGUCUGCAGAGCUGUGACCGUUGGACAAAGGGACAGCACUCAGCUGCCUCAGCCCCCGAGCCACCUCUCCUUCCCCGCUCUGCCCUCUGCCAGCUCAGGAGGCCAGAGGCUCACCAUCAGAGGGUACCGACCCCGGCCGGCCUGGGAGCACUGCACGACCGAGGUCGGCAGCUUCCCCACUCCCCAGACCCGUGCCCUUUUGCCCGGGCAGGGUUGGGGACCCCUGAGCUAGGACUUACCAGGACCAGCCAGGGAGAUGUGGAAUUGAUCCGUGAGGCCCCGGGGGGCCACGUGGAGAAGAGAACUGGAGGCUGAAUGCAGAGCGCCCCUGGGCCACGGAGACGAGGGCACGAGGCCUACUCGGGCAGGCUCGCAGGACCGGUCUGGUCUGUGUGUACAUGUGCGUCCCCGUGCACGAUGCCGUUCGCUCUAGAUCCCCUGUGACAAGCGAGAGCCAGGCCGCCCCGGCUCUGGAGCGCCCCUCUGCUGACUUGGUCCCUGGGUGGUGGGUUCCAGCUGUGCUGUCUGGAAAGAUGGGGUGGGGUGGGGAGCUAAGCACCAGCUUCGUGGAGGCCUUGGGGCCCAGACCUGGGCAGGGGGGCUAAACUGCUCCUGUGUAAACAUCUGUUCCCCCAGGCCUGUCAUGGGUUUUGGUCUCUUUGCAUAUGGCUCCGAAGUACACAGAACAGUCUUGUAUGUCUUUUGAGCUCUGGGUCUCUCUGGGGUGUGGUUCCCAUUUCUGCCACCUUCGCCUGUUCUGGGAGAGCACCGUCCCUCUUGGCCUCCUUGCCCCCAUGCUUCCCCCUGCCAUUUGAAAAGCACAGUGGCUUCCUGGCCGAGAUGACUUCUGGGGACUCCUUGCAGCUUGCCUUCGCCCACGACACCCCCCUGAAGCCUGGGCCCUGAGAACUGGGGGUCUGGGGAGGAAGUUCUAGGACAUUCCUUCUCCCUCCUCCUGUUCUGGCAUCUACACCAGCUAAGUUUGUCCACCACGGCGAUGGACGUGGGUCCCUAAUAUAUGUAUGUUGGAUUUCACGGCA